UAUUUUUUUUAUUCAUUCUGUUUGCCUGUCAAGCAGCACACCACUUGGAGAGCUCAGUGUUUCCAAAGCAGCAGCGGAGAUCAGAGCUCGGAGAGAUUCUCCAGUGAGCAGGUUCUACAAACAAGGGGAUUUCUGAAAAGAGACUAGCUGUUUUUUAUUUAAAAGCAUUGUUUCCCCCCCCCCCCCCAUAGGAUUUGAAUAAAAAAAAUAUAUAUUUCUCGGGGAAACUGCUUGAUAGCGUUUAAAAUGUUUUCUUUAUAUAUCUCCUGAUUUAUCUUGCAAUUAUUUCUGUGAGACAUUUUGUUUUAUUUGUUUCUUUCAUUAUUUUAUCUGGGAAUCUUUUUUUCUCAAACAGAAUAAUUUUUAAGAUCUUUCUUUCUCUUUUUUCUAAUUUUUUUUUUUCAACAGAGUUUUUGAAAAUCCCGGAUGAUAAAAUUGCUGAAUUACUUCAGACUAAAGAGAGAACAAGGCUAUGGGAUGUCAUUGAAGAUUUAUUCAUUCAUUCAUUCAUUCAAGAACAAACUUGGACGUGAAACGGAAUUCACCAGCUCAUCAUAACUUGGACUUCUUUUUAUCAAAAAAGGAACCUUUGACAGAUUGUUAUUUUUUUUUAUAAUCUUUCCAGAUUCUUAAAAGUCAAUCCAUAUUGAAUUAUUUGUAUUGGGAGGGGGAACGGAAUUCUGUAGUGUCCAUCAAUAAAAUAAAUUAAUCUUGGACUCUCAAAAUGGACUCUUCCUUUACCGCAAAAAUCUGGACUUACCUCCUAGUGGCUAAUUUGCUAUCACUCUGGACACUGGUCACACUGACUCGCAACUCGAAGGACCAAGCAAUGGACCUGAACGAUUCGUCCAAUCAGACUCUAGCGCCCGAGUACUCUGAGGUCACUCUAGCAACCCCUGGUGGCAGCAACGACCCCACAGUUACGCCCCUCGGCAGCCGUUGCCGCGGCUACUACGAUGUCAUGGGUCAAUGGGACCCUCCGUUUAACUGCAACCUGGGUGUUUACUUGUUCUGCUGUGGGACUUGUGGCUACCGGUUCUGCUGUCAGUUUAGCCCAGACCGCUUGGAUCAAACAGCCUGUUCUAACUACGACACCCCCAACUGGGCUAAUACAGGCAAACCCCCAACGGCAACCAAUGAGUUCCACGAGGACCAGGAUAAAGACAAGACCCACAUGAUCGUUUAUAUCAUCUGUGGAGUGGUCGCUGUGAUGGUGCUGGUGGGGAUCUUUACUAGACUGGGUCUGGAGAAGGUGCAGGGACCCCAGACUGACCUGAACACAACCAGGUGA